AUGCAUAUGGAGAAAAGUAAGAGUAGAGGUGUGAGAAAAGGUGCAUGGACAUAUGAAGAAGACAAACUUCUCAAAGCUUGUAUUGACAAGUAUGGUGAAGGAAAAUGGCAUUUAGUUCCACAAAGAGCAGGAUUGAAUAGGUGCAGAAAAAGUUGUAGAUUGAGAUGGUUAAAUUAUUUAAACCCCACCAUCAACAGAGAAAAUUUUUCUGAGGAUGAAGUUGAUAUGAUUCUAAGGUUACACAAACUCUUAGGGAACAGAUGGACACUAAUUGCUGCAAGGCUUCCUGGUAGAACAUCUAAUGAUGUGAAGAAUUAUUGGCACACACACUUACGAAAGAAGAUGAUUUCAAGAAAAUUAGAAGAAAAGAAAGAAAAGAAGAAACCAAAUGAAACCAUGAAAGCUCAUGAAAUUAUUAAACCUCAACCACGAACAUUUUUAUCUCAUUCACCUCGGUUGAAUGGUAAACAUAUUGAGAAACCAAUAGUGGCAGUUUCAACUAAAGAUGCAAGUGUUGCGAAAGAUGGUAACUUCGAUACUAUGCUGCCAAUUAAUGAUAAUGGAGAUCAUGCUAUGUGGUGGGAAAGUUUGUUGAACUUGAGAAAUGAUAAAAUUGGCUCAUGCUCUUUACUACAAGAAGAGGGAAAUUCUAUUUUAGAGUUACCAAAUAUUGAGAAUUUUUUUUAUUGGAGGUCCCAGUAA